CCGCCCUAGAGCAAGACCCUCCGGGCCAGCGUAGGCUGCGCCUUCGGGGUGGGAGGGGCGCGGCGCCGCAUCUGGAGGCGCCUCUGUCCUUAGUCCACCUGCCCGCGCUCCGCGGGGUCCCUCCUACGGCCCGCCUGCUGGGCAGGGCCGGCCCGGCCUGGCCAUGGAGUCCUACGACAUCAUCGCCAACCAGCCCGUGGUCAUCGACAACGGCUCAGGGGUCAUCAAGGCUGGCUUUGCAGGAGACCAGAUUCCCAAAUACUGUUUUCCAAACUAUGUGGGGCGCCCGAAGCACAUGCGGGUGAUGGCCGGAGCCCUGGAGGGGGACCUCUUCAUCGGACCCAAGGCAGAGGAACACCGAGGCCUGCUGGCCAUCCGCUACCCCAUGGAGCAUGGCGUGGUGCGCGACUGGAACGACAUGGAGCGCAUCUGGCAGUACGUCUACUCCAAGGACCAGCUGCAGACCUUCUCCGAGGAGCACCCUGUUCUCCUCACGGAAGCACCACUCAACCCCAGUAAGAACCGGGAGAAGGCGGCCGAGGUGUUCUUUGAGACCUUCAACGUGCCGGCCCUGUUCAUCUCCAUGCAGGCCGUGCUCAGCCUGUACGCAACAGGACGGACAACGGGCGUGGUUCUAGACUCAGGGGAUGGGGUCACGCACGCCGUCCCCAUCUACGAGGGCUUCGCCAUGCCGCACUCCAUCAUGCGGGUGGACAUUGCUGGCCGCGACGUCUCCCGCUACCUCCGGCUGCUGCUGCGCAAGGAAGGUGCCGACUUUCACACCUCAGCCGAGUUCGAGGUGGUUCGGACCAUCAAAGAGCGAGCCUGUUACCUGUCCAUCAACCCGCAGAAGGACGAGGCCCUGGAGACCGAGAAGGUGCAGUACACACUGCCCGACGGCAGCGUGCUUGAUGUGGGGCCAGCGCGCUUCCGGGCGCCCGAGCUGUUGUUCCAGCCAGACCUAGUUGGGGAUGAGAGUGAGGGGCUGCAUGAGGUGCUGGCCUUCGCCAUCCACAAAUCGGACAUGGACCUGCGCCGGACGCUCUUUGCCAACAUCGUGCUCUCAGGCGGCUCCACACUUUUCAAAGGUUUUGGUGACCGAUUGCUAAGUGAAGUGAAGAAGCUUGCCCCAAAGGAUGUCAAAAUCAAGAUCUCAGCGCCCCAGGAGCGGCUGUACUCCACGUGGAUUGGUGGCUCCAUUUUGGCCUCCCUGGACACGUUCAAGAAGAUGUGGGUUUCCAAAAAGGAGUAUGAGGAGGAUGGCUCCCGGGCUAUUCAUCGCAAAACCUUCUAGUGCCCGAGGAGGAGGUUGCGGCAGGUGGGAGAGUGGAAGGCCAGGGGCCGGGCCCUGAGCCUCUGUACUGUGGGCUUCUGUGCCAGCUGGUGUCCCCUGCAUGCCGAGUUCCUGGCGGGGUGCACCUGUGCUGCCCGCUGCUCCCCGCCCUCCCACAGUAACCUCAGUUGCGUGGAAGAGAGUCUUAACAGGAGUGGAGGACCUGAGGCGCCGGCUCUGGGUGGCGCUGGGUGUCCCCCAUGGCAGAGCCACUGAGGCCUGAGGUUCAUUGCUCUGCCCCGCAGGGUUGCCUCUGAGCGCCAAAGCCAGACACCCAGACGCCCCCAUCUCCUCUGGCAGGACCCCCCUGAGGGCUGGGGUGCUGAGUGGGCUGGACGAGGGGUGUUACUACUUCCUGUGCCACCUUCUCCUGACCCAGCAGGGGAGCCCAAGGCCACACCUCUGCACUGCUGGCCCUGUCACAGUCCAUUCCCAUCUUCCUCGGCGUGUGCCUUGGUGUCGGUUGAGUACAGGGCAGUCCCGGGCCUGGCCCCGACCAGGUGGAGUCAGGGCAGAGAACACGGGGGGCUCACAGCAGCCACUGUUGACUGUGGUCCCGUCAGCGCGUCCGUGGACUUGCUCUUCCUUGCCCCGAAGUUUACCCUGUACCCCCCCCCUUCCGGACUCUGGGCAGAAAAGGGUUCAUGGUCUUUGUAGGGGGGCCGGGGAGCCAUAUCAUAGGGGCCAGACCUAGGUGUGAGGGGGCACCUUUUCUUCUGCCUCCCCCAAGAAAGCCCCUGUGGCUGGGACUCCCACCUCCCUUUCCCAGAAAUGUACAAUAACUUAACACAGCUGCCUGGAAAAAAAGAAAACUUUUUGUAAAUCAAUAUAGUAAUAAUUACGGACGA